GUAUCUGCUGUAUGAAUGGGAUUUUCUGCAUGGUUUCGAUUGCUUCAGGCUCAAACGAAACAAAAUGGGGUGUGAACAAAAUGCCCAUCGGACUUAUGGAAAAUCGCUUUUCCAGACAAAGGAAUUUCAACAGUCAGCAAAAUUAAGCCAGCUGGGGUAAAUGUGACAUAUAAAAGGAAAUGUUAUAGUGUGGAUACCUGAACCUCUUCAUCUUCUCAAGCGUAAUGGUGGAUAACGAGCGAGUUCGCUUCCCUAAACUCAAGCCUGCCGAGCCACAAGGAACCCAUUUGUUAGCCGUCGAGCGACAAAAUGCCUCUUUCAAGCCGGAAGAGCUGUCAGUCUACAUGCAUGGCCAGCAAUACCUGGAUGCCCGAGAGUCUAUCCUGAACAUUUUACAAAAUGACCCUAUUCUGGGAGACAAAAGCCAAAGAUACUACCAAGGUCGAGACCAACGAUUUGAUCGGGCUAUGUUGAACGCAAAGCGAUAUGCAGAGUUGAUUCGACAGCACAACUGGAACGCCGACGAAGCACUGAUUGCAGACAUGUUGAUCGAUGAACCUAAUCAGUUCCGGUUACAUCGCAGUAUGUUCAUGCCAACCAUAGCCAACCAAGGAACAGAGGAACAAAAGGACUUCUUUUUACGGCCUGCAGAAAAGUAUCAGAUCAUCGGGUGCUAUGCACAGACAGAGCUUGGGCACGGAUCUAAUGUUCAAGGUCUUGAAACAACUGCAACAUAUGACCCUUCUACGCAGUCUUUCAUCCUCCACUCCCCAACUCUGACGGCAGCCAAAUGGUGGAUCGGUGGCCUCGGAAAGGCUGCUACCCACGCCUGUGUCAUGGCCCGUUUGAUCACUCAGGGUAAAGAUCAUGGCCCUCAUCCCUUUAUUGUUCAAGUCCGAAGCCUCGAGGAUCAUCGUCCAAGGAACGGAGUAACAGUUGGAGACAUUGGUCCCAAAUUUGGCUUCAAUACUGUCGACAAUGGAUUUGUUAUGUUUGAUAACUACAGAAUUCCCCACAUCAGCAUGCUCGCAAAGUUCUCUCAGGUAGUCAAAGCAACUGGCGAAUAUGUCAAACCACCCAAUGCUAAGCUUUCGUACGGUACAAUGGUCUUUGUCAGAGCUAACAUCGUGAUGGAGAGUCGAUACGUACUUGCAAGAGCAGCAACCAUUGCUGUCCGUUAUGCAGCUGUUCGGUCUCAAUUUGUGGAUGCUUCUAAUCCCAAGAAACUGGAAGGCACCAGCCGUACUGUAGAAACUCCUGUCAUUGAUUACAACAUGGUUCAGUACAGAUUAUUCCCAGUGAUUGCUCAAGCAUAUGCCUGUUUCUUCACUGGCAGAGAAAUGUAUAAGAUGUACAAUGAGAACCAGGAUCGUAUGGCACAAGGUGAUUAUUCAUUCCUGGCUGAUCUUCACGCUACUAGCUCUGGAUUGAAGAGUUUGACCACUACCAUCUCUUUGGCUGCUAUCGAACAAUGCCGUCGCGCUUGUGGCGGUCAUGGAUACUCCAUGUUCUCUGGCUUCGGUAACUUUUACCAAGACUAUCUUCCAAAAGUCACUUGGGAAGGCGAUAAUUAUAUUUUAACUCAGCAAACGGCACGUUACCUGGGUAAAACCUUCAGAUCCGUUGCAGCUAAUAAGGGUAACCAACAGCUUAAUACAUUCUCGGAAAGAUACAUCCAAGACUACCUGUCUAACAGUGGUGCUCGAUGCCCUGCCCAGUCGGCAGCUGACUUCCUCAAUCCCGAAAUUAUCUUGUCGGCAUACCGUUUUAGAGCCGCGCAAAUGAUUGAGACGUUUGUUCGCAAAACAGAUCAAGAAAAUAGAACUUUCAACUCCAUGCUGGUCUUGGUAUAUCAAAUCUCACGAGCACAUUGUCAGCUCUUCAUUGUGUCCAACUUUUUGGCCGCCGUCUUCCCUGGACCUACUCAAAAGGAACUUCCCAAGGAAGUGCUUAGUGUCCUGCGGACCAUGGCACUUUUGUACGCUCUUUAUACCAUGGAGGAGGAACUUGCGGAUUUCCUAUGCUCUCAAUACCUGUCAUCCGAUCAAGCCACGAUGAUAAAGGAGCAAGUAGUUCAGCUUUUAGGAAAAGUGCGACCCGAUGCUGUAGCUUUGGUCGACGCCUUUGGUCUCCCAGACUACCUACUGAAUUCUGCACUAGGCGACAGCAAAGGUGAAGUUUAUGAGAAAAUGACUGCCAUGGCGGAAAUGGAGCCGUUGAAUCAUAGAGCUGUUCACGAGAGUUAUGAGGAAAUUAUCAAACCUUUUGUUCACGCCGGAAAGCAUCUUUGGAAACGAGAUAGUAAUGGCAUUGCUAGAUUGUAAUAAUAUAUUAUUUCUUUUUUCUACCUCAUGUUUAUUUCUCUUACACUGUUAUGCUUUUGUUUUUUUUUGCCAAUACAUCCACUUUACAGUAUCAUAGA